AUGACUACAAAUGCCGACUACUGUAAAACUUAUCGACAACGUAUUUCUAACGUUUCAAGUCGUUUGCAGGACAUGGAAGUAAUCCUUCAGGAUCAUCACCAAGUAAAUGUUAAUGAUAAUAAUCAAAUAACAAACAACGAAAUAAAUAGUUAUGCAGAUCAAAUUAUCACAACACAUACCGACGAACAAGAACUAAAUGAUUUAAAUGAUAUUGCUUUCAAUAACAAUGUCAGCAAUUCCAGUGAGUAUGAGACAGAAACUGAUUCUUAUAUAAGUUAUGAAAGUGAUUUUGAUGAUGAUAUCGAUACUCUUCUUUAUUCAAAUGGUUCAAUUCCUCUUUAUAAAGCAUAUGCAGCUAUCAAAAAUUUCAUUAUCAAAUGUAAUUUAAAUCAUACACAUAUUCUACAAUUAAUCGAAUUAUUUUUAUUUUUAUUACCUUCUGGACAUCGAUUAACAAAAUCAGGCAUUCUGCAUGCGCAGAAAAGACAUGAAAAUUUUACUUAUACUACAUUAUGUAUUAAUUGCAAUCAGCAAGUAAAACCUGCCGAAGGUAAAUGUUUAUCUACAUGUCGUUACUAUGGCAAAGAAAGAACAAGUGAUUGUUUAACGGAAAUUGGCGAAGCUAAUGUUCUGAAACGAAUAAAAAAUGUUGUCAAACGCAAUUUAACUUUAAUAUUAGAAUAUCAGCAACGUGCAGAACUACUUUUACCUAAUGACAUUGUAAAUAGUGCUGCUUAUCAACACAUUCAUAGUAAUAGUAAAUUUAAUCGUUUAACAUUAAUGCUACACGCAGAUGGCAUCCAGAUAGUGACAACAAAACGUAAAAAAUGCUAUGUAGUGACAGGAACAAUAUUAGAAAUUCCUCCACCACAUCGUGAAUAUGCUCGAAAUAAACUUCUGUUUUUAGUUUAUUUUUCUGAAAAUGAACCUACACCAUCAAUUUUAUAUGAUCAUUUGUGCCAACAAAUAAGACAAUUGAUUAUCGCAAAAUGGAUCAUAAUUGGCGGUCAAAAGUUUAGUAUUAGAUUUCAACUAUUCAAAGCAGAUCUUCCAUGUCGUUCAUUAUCCAUUUGUAUAAAGCAGCACAAUGGAUAUUACUGUUGUUCAAACUGCUUUCAACAUGGAAAAACUAUGGGAGGAACAUAUGUUUAUUAUGAUUAUAUAGACAAGCAAGCAACUCGUUCUCAUCAUGAUUAUCUAUCUGCCGCAAUAGAAGCUGAACGUAAUGAAAAUCAAAUUUCUGUUUUUGGUAUACAUGGAAAAUCACCAUUAUUAUCAUUAUUUUUCAACGUACAAAUCAAUUGUCCAUUUGAUUACAUGCAUCUGUGUUGUAGGUAA